CCUAAAUCAAUUCGGUCUUCUUCUACGCUGUGAAAUUUCGUAACCGUGAGAGAAUGGCAAACCCUAAAGUUUUCUUCGAUAUGACUAUCGGCGGCCAGCCGGCCGGCCGUAUUGUGAUGGAGCUUUAUGCCAACGUCGUCCCCCGCACCGCCGAGAACUUCCGUGCACUGUGCACCGGCGAGAAGGGAAACGGCAGGAGUGGGAAGCCACUUCAUUACAAGGGCUCAUCCUUCCACCGUGUGAUCCCUGGUUUCAUGUGCCAGGGAGGCGAUUUCACCGCCGGAAACGGCACCGGAGGUGAGUCGAUCUACGGCGCCAAGUUCGCCGACGAGAACUUCGUCAAGAAGCACACUGGCCCUGGCGUGCUGUCCAUGGCGAAUGCCGGACCUGGAACCAACGGAUCUCAGUUCUUCAUCUGCACCGCCAAGACCGAGUGGCUCGACGGGAAGCACGUCGUGUUCGGCCAAAUUGUUGACGGCAUGGACGUUGUAAAGGCCGUCGAGAAGGUCGGAUCGAGCUCUGGAAGGACCUCGAAGCCCGUCGUAAUUGCCGACUGUGGCCAGCUCUCUUAGAUUGAUGCCUUGGCUCUACCGUCGGCGUCUCCGGCGGAAUCGUAUCUAUGAACAUUUCUUAUUUGCGUGUGUUAUUUCAACUUACUGCGAAUAUGGGUCUGUGUGGGUCUCUCUUUUAGGGUUAUGGGUCAUGGGUUUAUGCUACUUCUUGAGUUUAUGUGCAACUGCCGUUUUACCUUUCUGUUAAAUGGCGGUUUCGCGAUGGUUCGUAGACAUAAUUGGUUGUUCAAACCGAGGACCUUCAAUAAUAUGCCUGUCUUUUUAACUUUCUCCGA